AUGGAGGAGUUGGACGAUAUGCGUUUGCGCUUCGUCUUCGACUACCUUCAAGCCAUGACAGAUAUGAAGCCGGAGAAGUUGUUGAAGGUGAAGGAGGACAUGGUCACAAUGGACAAAAUUUUGGAGUUUUUUGAGAACCAAGACGAGCAGUUGAUGAUCAUCAUCCUCCCGUCGGGUGGACAAAUGGAGGUUUACAACAAAUUUCCCGCUGUCAUGAAAAGCAAGGGUUACUACUUUGUCAAGAACCAGCCAGUUAGCUUUGAAAAGAACAUCGACAUGAAUCAGUUAAAAUCGGGAAUAAUCUACGGAGAUUUGCACAAAUCGCCCAUUCACCACUUUAUAGCCUUUGUACUAGCUCCAUUCAUUCUCAACGAUAAGAAUCGGGAGGAUUGGCCAGAGUCACUGAAUGAAUACAUUAAACGGGACCUCUACAAUUUGCAAAAGAAGUCCGAAUUCGUCCUCGCAAAGAUGGAAGGCCGAACGCAUCUGGCUCAUCCGGUUAAGUUAGACAAAUUAGCGGAGGGGCAAGAUCCUGUCACUGCAAAAGGUGAAGACGCAAUUGGGAGUAUGCUGUGCUCCAUUGAGAUGACAGUGGUUGACUGGAACAAGCAAAUAAAUGAGUGCUUGGAGCAGAGCUCAGAAAUGUGUGUCCCAAAUGGUCAGUUGCCAUUGCCCUCGCACGAGUUCGACUUUUGGAAUCAGCGGACCAGCAGCCUGUACAACAUCUACGACCAAUUGGUACAUCCACAGGUCAAGAAGAUGGCCAUCAUUUUGGAGGAGAAUGGAUCUGCCUAUACCACUCUCUUUAGAAAUCUCUUCAAAAAGGUCGUCCGAGGUGUAGUCGAAGCGGAAACGAUUGUAAUCUUUCUGACCCCCUUGAUGAAGUACCUUGAUGACUUGGAAGCUUUGAGCUUUGAGGAGUGUAAACCAAACAUCCAGCCAUUGGUGCACCUUCUAGCGUUGAUUUGGGUCAACUGUGAGUACUACCGUGAGCCCAACAGAAUGGCGCUUCUAAUUAAUGAGAUCGCCAAUCUUCUCAUUCAACAGUGUCGACUUUACCUCGACCCCUCGGAAAUUGUGAAGGAGGAGCCAGACGAUGGAAUAAAAAAACUGGACGAUUCAUUAGACAUACUUUACCACUUUCGACGCGUUAUUGACGAGUAUCGAGCAAAUGUGAAGGAGUCCUGCAUUCAACAUGGCAUCGAACCUGCUGAAUGGUACUUCCACAAUAACUGGAUUUUUAAACGCCUGAAUGCCUUUAUUGAACGUCUGGAACUCAUCAAGAAAUACUUCAACUACAACGUCGACUAUAAUCGACUGGAGAAGAUAGAAGUCUUGGGAAUAGUUGGUGCAAAGCUGUCAAAGAGCCUUGGCGAUAUGUACGAGGAGUACCAAAGUGCCUACAAAAAUUUUACUGAUCUCAAUAUGGACUGUCUAUCCACUGAAGACGAUGUCUUUCUCAACGAGAUCCAAAAGUACUUCAAGAUGAUUGAGAAUUACGACCAUCGAAUGACCUCAAUUUUGUUGCGGAGUUUCAGUAGCUGUCCCGAUGCAGCCUCGAUGUUCAAAACCAUCUUCAUGUUCGGCCCCCUACUGGAGCGUCCACUUAUUGCACCAUACAUUGAACACUGCUUCUACGACCUUGUUGAGAUAAUGCACAAGGAUCUGGACGAAUGUAAACUCAUUUUGGAUAGACAUGUGGACGACGAGGGGAUGCUGAAACAGGCAAUUUUUAAGAAUCUACCACCGGCUUCCGGGGCAAUGGCCUGGUCUCUCCAACUACUAAGGCGGGCAGAUGCUCUCAUGAAGCCAUUCCAUCAUAUCGAUCAUCCAGCCGCAAAGACAGAACGAGCAGACAAACUAAAACAGAAAUAUGAGGAAUUGGUCACUCUCCUAUCUGACUUUAGGAAACUAAAGCUUAAAGAGUUGUGUGAUUCAGCACCCGAAAAGUGUCGUGUCAAUCUCCGACUUCCACUCCUACGUCGCGACCCAGAAAGCCACCUUCUGGCAGUUAACUUUGACAACCAGUUGAUCGAAGUGCUCCGUGAGGUGCACUACCUCCUCAUGAUGAGCGGCGAAGGUCCUUGCGACCACGAUGUGUCCCCAGAAUUCAAGGCUGCGGUCCCGAGUCCUGCAGACCAGGUCAAGGAGAAGCUGCCUCCAGAGAGUAUUGAACUUUUUGAGAGAGCCGAACCGUUGCGUGAGGCAAGACUCAAAUUGAACCAAAUCGCCAACGCCUACAACACAGUUCGGCAGCAGACCUACACCGUAGAAUACCCUCUCAUUUCAGCCGAUGUGGAGACCUUUGAUAACAGUCUAGCUCCAGCUUUUGAAGAGAUGAACUGGGAGGAUUACGAAAUAGGCUUCAUCGACAGUAAUCUGGUAAAAAUAAGUGAUCUGCGUGAUCGUGUUCUGACGGCUCAUGAGAAUCUGCGAAAGAUAGGCGCGUUGGCUUCACUAUGGAACAAUCUUCCACUCUAUCAGGGCAAAGAGCGCAAAUACGACUGUCUCAUUCCGCUGGAGGACCGAGAGCCUAUCAGGGAGGCACGCUAUCGUGAGAUGGUUGAUGCUGCAGAGAAGAUUCUCCGGCUUGUGGCGGAGAAUAUGUACCUUUACAAUGCGACACCAGAUUCACCAGAGUGGAUAGCCUAUCAGGAGGCGAUGGAAGAUGUUAUCCUGGAGGGCUUGACGGAGGCCGUCCGCUGCAGCCUCGCCUACAUGUCCGAUCACACGGACAAGACGAAAUCCGAGAUGCCGCUGAUGCAGGGAUCCCUCAUCAUUGAUGGUACCCAGCUAAGAUUCACACCAGCCAUGCAUGAAGCCCAAGGCGAGAGUCUGAUGGAUUUGGUGGACAGUUUGGUGCAGGAUAUCACUGACCAAUCACGUUUAGUCCCCCUUCUUUCCAGUCAUCCUCCCCUGCCCGACAUUAGAGCAGAACGGGAGGCUGCUGAACAAAAGGCUCGGGAGGAGGCAGAGGCUCUAGAGAGGAAGAAGGAAGGCGAAGAAGCCGAGGGAGAAGGUGGAGACAAAGAGGUCGAGAGGAAAGGCGAGGAGGAAGGAAGUGAAAAGGCAGAGGAUGAAGAAGGAAAAGAGGAAGACGAGGAGGCCUCUGCUUCUGUGGCUCAAGAGGAGAAGAGCAAGAGCCUUCUCUCCAAGGCUUCGGAUGAGAGCGCUCGAAUCUCCAGAACUAUAAAAGACCGAGUGGGAUUCUCCUAUCAGGUCAUGCAGACACCCGAGAUUGCGGACCUCAUUAUGAAGAUUACCGACCAUGUGAAUGCGGUAAUGCGUGCGGCUUCGGAAUAUCAAGUUAAUCUGGAAUCAAAUUACUCAUUCUACUGGGCUGAGGAUAGACGUGAAUUCAUCCGUCAAUUUUGUCUUUAUGGACGGUUAUUGACACGAGACGACAUAGAUGUAAAUGGAGAUGUAAUGGCUCCAGAGCAUCCACCUACUCUUGACCAAUUCAGGGAUAUUAUUCUCAAGUACGAUAAAGUUUUUGAAGAUGUGGAGAAGCUUGAAGACACACACAUCUUUGACAACUGGAUGCGUGUAGAUUUGAAACCCUUUAAGGUGGCACUACUCACAGAGAUCCGCCAAUGGAGUGACAAAUUCAAGCAAUUCCUUGUGGAUCAUGUGACCAAUACCCUGAGUGGUCUUAGCUCCUUCAUUCAUGACAGUAAUGAGGAUCUCUCUUUCAAGGUGGCUACUGAGAAAGUGACCUACGAUAAGCUCGUAACAAUACUGGAACGCUUGAAGCUCAUCCGGGAGGCGGAAGCUGCAACUGAUGCCGGAUUUGAUCCACUGAGAGAGACUGUUGCACUGUUGAAAGAGUUCGGUGAGGAGUUACCGGAGUCUGUCGUCAAACUGUUGGAGGUAUUACCUGCCCAAUGGAAUGAGCUGAAGAACUUCUCAGUGAUCACGAAACAGAAAGUACAGCCUCUUCAAGAGAGGGAGGUUCAAAAUAUUCGAGCCCUGAGCAUAGACUACGAUGAGCAGGCUUCGGCGAUGCGGCGUGAGUUUGCCGAGUCGAAUAUCUUCCAGUAUGAAUGUCCGAACCCCUACAGUCAACUUGAUAUGUGGGAUGUCCGGUUGAGUGAGAUAGAAAAGGGCGUAGCCGCAAUGCAGGUCUCCGCAAAGUCAUUCGAUGUCCGCGACAUUCCCAAUUACGUGGAUUUGAAGGCCAUGCGUAGGGAGAUGAAGGCAAACAAGAAGAUGUGGGACUUGGUGGAAACUUUCAAAAGUUAUGUGGCCUCUUGGAAGACGCAACUGUGGAAGCAGGUCGACUUCGAGGCAAUUGAGGACGUCAUUCGCGACAUUUCUCUGGAGCUGCGAUCUAUGGACAAAGACGUGAAGAAAUGGCCGGUUUACAAGGGUCUGGAGGCGGUACUGAAAGACAUAGGUGCUUCCAUGUCCGCGGUCAGUGAUUUGCAGAAUCCUGCUGUCAAGGAUCGUCAUUGGGUGGAGCUCAUGCAUGACACCGGUGCCGUGAUCGAUAUCAGUGACGACACCACGCUGGAAGCUCUUCUCUCCUUGAACCUGCACAAAUUCGAAGAUGAAGUUCAUGGAAUUGUCUCCAAGGCUAUGAAUGAGCAGAAAAUUGAGGCGGAUCUGGAGAAGAUUGACUCCAUCUGGAGGGACAUGUACUUUGAGUAUGAGCCGCAUGAGCGAACUGGUCUGCUGUUGCCGAAGCAAACGGAGACUCUUACCACAUUCCUUGAGGAGACUCAAGUCAAGGUGCUUGACAUGAUGGCAAAUCGGGAUAAUGCCUAUUCAAUUGUCAAGAUAACCUAUUGGAAUAAAGCUCUGUUCACUGCUGACAAAGUUCUCUCUCUGUGGUUCGAGACACAAAGAGUGUGGUCAGGUCUGGAGGCUAUAUUUGUCCUCUGUGAUGAUAUUCGUGAACAGUUACCGAAGGAUACGGAUCUCUUUUUCGAGCACGACAAGGAGUUUCGACUUUUGGCUGAAGAAAUAGCCAAGAAACCGAAAGUCAUCGAGGCCACCACUAGCCAACCUGAGCUCUUUGAUAACAUUCAGGCUGUACGCGAUGGCCUGGCGAUUUGUGAGAAGACACUGGCCGUCUACCUGGAGACCAAACGAUUAGCCUUCCCAAGAUUCUACUUCGUUUCACAGGCCGAUUUGAUGGAUAUUGUAAGCAAGGGAAAAAUGCCAGAGAAGGUGUUCAAACACCUCUCCAAGCUGUUUGAUAGCAUCUGCAACCUUGAGACCAACCAAUCGAAUUCCAACUUGACCGCUCUGAAGAUGGAAGCCAAGGAUGGUGAGAUUGUCAAGUUUGUCUCGACGUUCACCCUGGAGGGUCAGGUGGAGGAGUGGUUGAAUCGCUUAAUAGACGAAAUGGUUCACACUAUGCGUGCAACUCUAUCGGAAGCCGUGGCUGCAUACGAAGAAAAGCCUCGCGACCAGUGGAUUUUUGACUACCCUGCUCAAGUGGCCCUCACCGGCUCACAAAUCGGAUGGACAGCUGAGGUUGGUAUCGCAUUCGCACGACUGGAAGAGGGCCUUGAAAAUGCUAUGAAGGAGUACAACAAGAAACAGAUCGCCUCACUUAGCACCCUAAUCGAGAUGCUGCUGACUGAUUUGACUCCUGGAGACCGUCAGAAGAUUAUGACCCUCUGCACCAUCGAUGUGCACAACCGAGAUGCCGUCUCUAAACUCAUUACAAUGAAGGUGGAUAACUCAAGAGCCUUUCCCUGGCUCUCCCAAUUGCGUGUGAGGUGGGAUGAAAAGGUGAAUGAGUGCUUUGUCAAUAUCUGCGAUGCGGAAUUCGCCUACGCGCACGAAUACUUGGGCUGUACGCCUCGAUUGGUGGUUACGCCGUUAACGGAUAGGUGCUAUAUCACGCUGACACAGUCCCUCCACCUCGGAAUGAGUGGUGCACCAGCAGGGCCUGCUGGAACAGGCAAGACAGAGACCACUAAGGACUUGGGUCGAGCUCUCGGCACCAUGGUCUACGUCUUCAAUUGCUCCGAGCAGAUGGACUACAAGUCAGUGGGCAAUAUCUACAAGGGCUUGGCUCAGACUGGUGCCUGGGGCUGCUUCGAUGAGUUCAAUCGCAUUGCUGUGGAGGUCCUCUCCGUCAUUGCCGUGCAGGUUAAAUGCAUUCAGGAUGCUGUCAAAACAAAAAAGUCCAUAUUUGACUUUCUGGGGGAGACGAUACCACUAAAGCGCUCCGUGGGUCUCUUUAUCACCAUGAAUCCCGGCUAUGCUGGUCGUACUGAACUGCCAGAAAACUUGAAGGCACUCUUCCGCCCCUGUGCGAUGGUGGUGCCUGAUUUCGGUCUGAUCUGCGAGAUUAUGUUGGUAGCAGAGGGCUUUCUCAGUGCCCGCAUUCUAGCGCGUAAAUUCAUCACACUCUACGAGUUGUGCAAGGAACUGCUCUCCAAGCAGGACCACUACGAUUGGGGCUUGCGGGCCAUCAAGUCAGUGCUAGUGGUGGCAGGCUCACUGAAGCGGGGUAAUCGCGAGAUGGCUGAGGAUGCGGUACUAAUGCGGGCGCUGCGUGACUUUAAUACCCCCAAGAUCAUCACCGAUGAUCUGCCCGUCUUCCUGGGUCUUAUCAGGGAUCUAUUCCCUGCUCUUGAAGCCCCGAGAAAACGGAAUGUCAAGCUGGAGGAGGAGGUGAAGAAAGCUACUCUGGAUCUAGGUUUGCAGACUGAGGAUGCAUUCAUUCUUAAGGUUGUGCAACUGGACGAACUUUUUGCGGUCCGUCACUCCGUCUUUAUCAAUGGCGGUGCAGGGGCAGGAAAAAGCGAGGUCUGGCGUACCCUCUAUCACACUCACCUCAUGAAUGGCCGGACACCCACUGCUAUUGACCUUGACCCCAAGGCCGUGACAAAUGAUGAACUCUUUGGUGUCAUUAAUCCUGCCACCAGAGAGUGGAAAGAUGGUCUCUUCUCAACGAUCAUGCGAGACAUGGCGAACCUGACUCACAAGGGACCAAAGUGGAUAGUGCUGGACGGUGACAUUGACCCAAUGUGGAUUGAGUCACUGAACACUGUGAUGGAUGACAACAAGAUUCUCACCCUGGCUAGUAAUGAGCGAAUUCCUCUCACACCGACAAUGCGUCUUCUGUUUGAAAUUAGCCAUCUGAAGACAGCUACUCCUGCUACCGUCUCUCGAGCCGGUAUACUCUACAUCAAUGCCAGCGAUCUGGGAUGGCUACCGUAUGUUCACAGCUGGCUGGACAGUCGUGUGAAGAACAACAAAGUCCUUUCUCGCACCGAACGUCCCGCUUUGUCAAUUUGCUUUGACAAGUACGUCGGUCCUUGCCUCGAGAUCUGUAACACGAAGUUUAAAAAGAUCACCACUAUACCCGAUUUGGCCCAUGUCAACAUGCUCUGCUACCUACUUGAGAGCAUGCUGGACGCACAGAAGAGCUCCAAGGAUCACCGCGAAUUCACCAAGGAGAACUAUGAAGGUCUUUUCUGUUUCUGCUGUGUAUGGGCCGUGGGAGGGGCCCUAUUUAAGGAUCAAAUGUCAGAUCACCGACAAGAGUUUCAUAAGUGGUGGGUGAAUGAGUUCAAAUCGGUUAAAUUUCCUUCCAACGGAACCAUCUUUGACUUCUUUUGGAGCCUUACGAGCCGCAAAUUCGAGCCGUGGAGCUCGCUCCUCAAACCCUACGAGAGGGAGGAGAAUCAACCGCUACAGAAUUGUCUCGUUCCAACUGUGGAAACUGUCCGUGUGCAGUACUUCUUGGACAAAUUGAUCCAAUCAGGCAGGCCCGUCAUGUUGGUGGGUGCAGCCGGAACAGGAAAGUCGAACAUUCUGCAGGACAUGUUUGCACACCUCAGUAGUGAGGUGUUCAUUGUGAAGAACAUCUCCUUCAACUUCUACACCACCAGUAUGAUGCUUCAGGAGAUUUUGGACAAGAGUUUGGAGAAGAAGGCCGGGAAGAAUUACGCUCCACCGGGCCAAUUUAGGAUGAUCUACUUCAUUGAUGAUCUCAACAUGCCUGAGGCUAUUCAGCCGCACACUCUAAUGCGUCAACACAUUGACCACAAGCACUUCUACGAUCGUACAAAGCUGACCCUGAAGGUGAUCCACAAGACCCAGUACGUGGCAGCCAUGAAUCCCACGGUAGGCAGUUUCACUAUUCAAGAUCGACUUCAACGUCACUUCUGCACCCUUGCACUCUCCUUCCCCGACGAGUCGGCUGUCCAGUCCAUCUACACGACCAUUAUGAGCCAGCACUUCAGGAACAGCAACAUGGCCCCCUCCAUUGUCAAGAUGGCGUCAGGUCUGAUCACUGUGGCUAUCGCAAUUCACAACAAAAUCACGUCCACCUUCCUACCUACUGCGGUGUGCUUCCACUAUGUCUUUAAUCUACGGGAUCUGUCCAACAUUUUUCAGGGGAUGCUCUUCUCUGAAGCUGAAGUAUUCACAACAGAUUUGAGUAUCCUCCGCCUCUAUCGCCACGAGGCGAUGCGGGUCUACUCCGACAAGAUGAUCUCUAAGAACGACAUCAAGCAAGCAGUGGGUAUAAUCACCAACGGUAUCACCAACGUCUUCAAUGAAGUAUCUCCAGAUGAUCUGGCCGCUGAACCGACCCUUCUUUGUCACUUUGGUCGAGGUCUGGACGCCGACAAGCAGUACGCACAGAUCCGGUCAAUGGAACACAUAACGCAGGUGCUUGUCGAAGGUCUCGAGAUCUACAAUGAAUCCAAUGCAGCUAUGAAUCUGGUCCUCUUCGGUGAUGCUGUGGAGCAUGUGAUGCGAGUGUGUAGAAUCCUGGAAAUGCCUCGGGGCAACUGUCUGCUCAUUGGAGUUGGCGGGUCUGGAAAACAGUCGUUGUCUAGACUCGCCUCCUACAUCGUCGGAUUUGAGGUCUCCCAGAUUGUCCUACGACGCAACUACACUAUGUCGGAUCUCAAGGCGCAUAUGGCAACUUUGUACACCAAAACGGGACUCAAGAAUGUCCCUGUUGUCUUCUUAAUGACUGAUGCCCAGGUAGCUGAUGAGGGUUUCUUGGUCUGCGUGAAUGAUUUUCUGGCUUCGGGUGAGAUCGCCGGAAUUUUCAAUGACGAGGAUCAAGAGGGUAUCAUCAAGAGCAUUCGUAAUGAAGCCAAGGCCAUGGGCUACCUUGAUACUAAUGACAAUUGCUGGAAGUACUUCAUUGAGAAGGUUCGCCGCACGCUUCGGGUGAUCCUCUGCUUCUCGCCUGUUGGAAAUACUCUGAGAACCCGUGCUCGUCGAUUCCCAGCUUUGGUCAACUGCACCUCCAUUGAUUGGUUUCAUGAAUGGCCACAAGAGGCACUGCUGUCUGUGUCUCUUCGAUUCCUCGAGGACUGUGAAGGCCUAGACGAUAAUAUUCGCACUUCAGUGAGCAAUUACAUGGCCUACCUCCACACCACAGUAUCCGAGAUCUCCGACAUGUAUUUCGAAAAGGAGCGUCGUCGAAACUACACCACACCUAAGUCAUUCCUCGAGAUGAUCGCGCUGUAUAAGCGUCUCACCUCCAAGCAACUACAUGAAAUCAACGCCAUGAUCGAGCGCCUCACAAAUGGCCUUGAACGCCUCAGUGACGCCGCUGGGCAGACGGCUGAAUUAAAGGUUCAACUAGCCGAGCAGACGGUAGUGGUGAACGAAAAGAAUGAGGCGGCAAAUGCUCUCAUUCAGGUGGUCAGCAAGGAGACAGAAAUCGUCUCCGCAGAGAAGGACUUUGUCGCCGGUGAGGAGGCGAAGGUGGCUAUCAUUAAGAAUGAGGUGGAGAUCAAACAGAAGGAUUGUGAGCGUGAUCUCAUGAAGGCUGAACCAGCUCUGAUCGCCGCACAAGAGGCCCUCAACACGCUUAAUAAGAACAACCUCUCUGAGUUAAAAGCACUCACCUCGCCGCCCUCGGAUGUUGAAAUGGUCUGCUCAGCGGUUAUGGCUCUCUUCGCUAUGGACGGGAAAAUCCCCAAGGAUCGAAGUUGGAAGGCAGCGAAAGCAAGCAUCAUGUCAAAAGCGGACACACUGCUCUUUAACCUGGUCAACUAUGACAAGGAGCAUAUCCAUCCAGAAUCGAAGAAAGUUGCACUAGGUUAUGUGAGAAAUUCCAACUUUAAUCCAGAGGUUAUAAAGACCAAGUCUCUGGCUGCAGCAGGUCUCUGCUCGUGGGUUAUCAAUAUCCUAAAAUUUCAUGACGUCUUUCUGGAGGUCAAACCGAAACGAGAUGCUCUGGAUGCGGCGAAUGAGGAGUUGCGCCAGGCUACGGAAAAACUUCAGGGUCUACGGGACAAGGUGCGUGUGCUGGAAGAAUCGUUGAACAAGCUGACGGCAGAAUUCCGGGCUGCAACUGAGGAGAAGCUGCGUUGUCAAAAAAUGGCUGAUGACACAGCCUUGACCUUGGAUUUGGCCAAUCGCCUUGUUAGUGGCUUCAGCGAUGAGAAGGUGCGUUGGGCUCAAGAGGUUGAAAAUCUCUACCAGUUGGGUAAAACCAUAUCUGGAGAUGUCAUAUUCACAACUUCCUUCAUAUCGUACUUUGGUUACCUCAGCGCAUUCUUCCGAGAUGAGUUAAUGGAGAAAAGAAUAAGACCCUUUUUGGAUCAGCAACCGAUCCAAAUUCCACGAAGACAGAAUAUUGACCCCCUAAAGAUGCUAAUUAACGAUGCUAUUGUGGCCGGAUGGAAUAAUGACGGGCUUCCCAGUGAUCGAAUGUCUGUUGAAAAUGCCACCAUUCUUACGUUUUGCGAAAGAUGGCCUCUGAUGGUGGAUCCCCAACUUCAGGCUAUCAAGUGGAUAAAGAAUAAGUAUGGCGAUGAUCUUAUCGUAACUCGGCUAACUAAGAAGGGCUACAUCGACGAGAUCAUUAACGCUGUCCAGAAUGGUCAGAUUGUUUUGAUUGAAAACCUUGGUGAGACCAUAGAUGCAAUCCUCGACCCCGUCAUUGGUCGUGUGACAAUUCAGAAGGGUCGAGCAAUGCUGAUUGGUGAUAAAGAGAUUCCUUACAACCCGAACUUCAAGUUAAUUCUUCACACUAAACUAGCAAAUCCUCACUACCAACCCGAGCUACAGGCUCAGACAACUCUUAUUAAUUUCACUGUUACAAGAUCUGGCCUAGAAGACCAACUUCUAGCGGUUGUGGUGAGCAAGGAGAGACCUGAUCUUGAGAAGCUUAAAUCGGAUUUGACCAAACAGCAGAAUGAAUUCAAGAUUACUCUGAAGCAGCUGGAGGAUUCACUCUUAGCAAAACUUGCAAAUACAGGUGGCAACUUUCUGGGUGACCAUUCGCUGGUAGAGAAUCUAGAAAGUAACAAGAGGACAGCUACUGAAAUUGAAGAGAAAGUGGCUGAAGCAAAGGUCACUGAGGUAGAGAUCAACGUCGCAAGAGAGCAUUAUCGUAACGUGGCGACCAGAGCGGCCCUAAUCUACUUCAUCAUGAAUGAUUUAAACCGAAUCCAUCCCAUGUAUCAGUUCUCACUGAAGGCCUUCCGUACUGUCUUCGAGUGGGCUAUCGACAAUGCGCCUGAGGCAGAAACGGACGAAGAGCGUCUCGCGAGUCUUAUGGACAGUAUUACUUACGCAAUCUAUGUUUACACUACGAGAGGCCUGUUUGAAAGAGACAAGCUCAUUUUCUGCGUCCUAAUGGUUCUCCAGAUUCAGCACCAUUCCGGCAACUUUCCUCAAUUUCUCAUAGAUUUUCUUCUACGAUAUCCCGCAAUUCCCGAUCUCAAAAGUCCUGUGGACUUUCUUAGUGACCUUGGCUGGGGUGGGGUUCAGGCUCUCGUCAAGAUGGACACUUUUCACGACCUCGAUAAGGACAUAAUCGCCUCGACUAAACGCUGGAAAACGUUUGUGGAGACUGAGGCUCCAGAAAAGGAGAAACUGCCUCAGGAAUGGAAAAACAAGACGGAAGCGGAGAAACUUUGCAUAAUGCGAGCUCUUCGACCCGACCGAAUGACUUACGCACUGACUUACUUCAUUUCUACCACCUUUAGCUCCAAAUACGUGGAAGGUCGGCAGGUGGAUUUCGCCACAUCCUACAAAGAGUCUAGACCCAAUGUUCCAGUCUUCUUUAUUCUCUCACCAGGUGUAGACCCGCUGAAAGAUGUUGAAGUGCUAGGUCACAAGUUAGGUUUUACAGUUGACAAGAACAACUUCCACAAUGUCUCACUGGGUCAAGGACAGGAGAUUGUAGCGGAGAAUGCCCUCGACUUGGGAGCGAUAGAGGGACACUGGGUGGUUUUGCAAAACAUCCACCUAGUCAAACGAUGGCUUCCCACAUUGGAAAAAAAGUUGGAACAAUUAGGAGAGAUCGCCAAUUCGAAGUUCCGUGUUUUUAUCAGCGCUGAACCGGCUCUCAGCGAGGAUUCGCACAUUAUUCCACAAGGCAUUCUUGAAAACGCCAUCAAAAUCAUUAACGAACCACCCACCGGCAUGCAAGCAAAUCUCCAUAAAGCUCUGGACAAUUUCACACAGGAAACUCUGGAGCGCUGUUCCAAAGAGGCGGAGUUCAAGCCGAUUCUAUUUGCCCUCUGUUACUUCCAUGCUGUUGUGUCGGAGCGAAGAAAGUUCGGUGCACAAGGCUGGAAUAGGAUCUAUCCUUUCAACGCAGGCGACUUGCGUAUCUGUUUGGACGUGCUCUAUAACUAUCUGGAAGUUAGCUCCAAGGUUCCGUGGGACGAUUUGCGUUACCUCUUCGGGGAGAUAAUGUACGGUGGUCAUAUCACCGACGAUUGGGAUAGGCGACUUUGUCGAACCUUCCUGGAGGAGUAUCUACAGCCUGAACUAGUGAGCAUUGUAACAACGUCUUUUCCCAUCUUUAUGAUGCAUUUGUGCUGUUUCACUUUGUCAAUUCCCCUCUUCUGGAAUUGCGAAGGAAGAAUGUUGGGUCCAGACCCCUGUGCUACCAACACGUACGAGCAAGCAAAGGAGUCACGGCGAAUUGACGGCGACCUCUACCUUGCUCCCAAUUUCCUAGUGGCUCCCAAUUCCGACUACAUAGGAUACCACGCCUACAUCGAUGAAGCCCUCCCCCCCGAAUCUCCCCACCUCUACGGCCUCCAUCCAAAUGCGGAGAUUGAGUUUUUGACCAAAAACGCAGAGCGUGUCUUCCGCAUGGUGCUGGAACUGCAACCGCGCGAUGCAGCCGCUGCGACGAGUGACUCCGUCUCAAGGGAGGAGGUAAUGUUGCAGAUUAUUGAGGACCUGAUGGAUCGGCUGCCCGACGGCUUCAAUAUGAUGGAGUUAAGUGCGCGCCAAGCCCCCGAGGAGCGCACGCCCUACACUGUGGUGGCCAUGCAGGAGUGCGAACGCAUGAACACUCUGGUGGCGGAGAUCCGGCGUUCCCUCAAAGAACUGCGUCUUGGUUUAAGGGGUGAACUAACCAUGUCCAGUGAUAUGGAUGCCCUCUCAGGAUACCUAUUCCUAGAUUCGGUGCCGCAGACCUGGGAACGCUACGCCUACCCCAGCCUUUAUCCCCUGGGCCUAUGGUUCGCAGACCUCCUUUCUCGUGUCAAAGAACUCGAUGUGUGGGUACAGGAUUUCACCCUCCCUGGUUCCGUCUGGCUGGGCGGGCUCUUCAACCCCCAGUCCUUCCUCACCGCUGUGAUGCAACAGACAGCGCGCAAAUUUGAGUGGCCCUUGGACAAGAUUUGCAUUAGUGUGGAGGUGACCAAGCGCUGGCGUGAGGACAUGGGCGUAGCGCCAAGAGAGGGAGCCUAUAUUCACGGCCUUUUCAUGGAAGGUGCGCGGUGGGACACCGGGGCUAACGCGGUGGUCGAAGCACGAAUGAAGGAGUUGGCCCCACCCCUGCCGGUUAUCAUGCUGCGUGCGGUGCCAACAGACAGACAAGAGGGUCGUCUGGCCAGCCUCUACGCCUGUCCGGUGUAUAAAACAAAAAUGAGGGGGCCCACGUUUGUGUGGACCUUCCACCUGCGCACUAAGGAGAAACCGGCCAAGUGGAUUAUGGGUGGAGUAGCGCUUUUGCUGCAGGUUUAG